UGAUGCCAUCUGCAGUUUUGUCAUCUGCAAUGACUCCUCCCUCCGCAGCCAGCCCAUCAUCUUCAACCCUGACUUCUUUGUGGAAAAGCUGCGCCAUGAAAAGCCAGAGGUGUUCACAGAGCUUGUUGUCAGCAACAUUACCAGGCUCAUUGACUUGCCUGGGGCAGAGCUGGCCCAGCUAAUGGGAGAGGAAGACCCAAAGCUGCCUGGGGCAAACAGCACAGCCUCUGGAUUUUUUCGUUCUCUGAUGUCUCUGAAGCGCAAGGAGAAAGGGGUGGUGUUUGGCUCACCGCUGACAGAAGAAGGCAUUGCCCAGGUUUCCCAACUAAUUGAGUAUCUGCACAAAAAUCUAAGAGCAGAAGGCUUGUUUCGGGUGCCAGGCAACAGCAUCAGGCAACAGAUCCUAAAGGAUGCUCUGAACAGCGGUACAGAUAUUGACCUGGAUUCUGGGGAAUUUCAUUCAAAUGAUGUGGCCACCUUGCUCAAGAUGUUCCUGGGUGAAUUACCAGAGCCACUGCUCACACACAAGCACUUCCAUGCCCACCUCAAAAUUGCAGACCUGACGCUGUUUGAUGAGAAGGGCAAUAAGACCAGCACUCCAGACAAAGAGCGCCAAAUUGAAGCCCUCCAGCUGCUCUUUCUGAUCCUUCCCGCACCCAAUCGCAGUCUGCUCAAACUGCUGCUGGACUUGCUCUACCAGACUGCCAAGAAGCAGGACAAGAACAAGAUGUCUGCCCACAAUCUUGCCCUCAUGUUUGCACCCCACAUCCUCUGGCCCAGAAAUGUGACAGCAAAUGACCUUCAGGAGAAUAUCACAAAGCUAAACAAUGGUGUGACCUUCAUGAUCAAACACUCUCAGAAGCUCUUCAAGGCCCCAGCAUACAUCCGGGAGUGUGCCAGGCUGCACUAUCUGGGAUCCAGAGCCCACACAUCAAAGGAUGACCUGGAUUUGCUGACAUCUGGCUCGAAGGAGCUGCAGCCCCUCAAGUCUCAGAAGCGAAGCCGACUGGACACUUGCCAUCAGGAGGAGACCCAGCAGCGCACGGAGGAGGCACUGAAGGAGCUCUUCCGUCAUGUCAACAAUAUGCCUGACUCUGCAAAGAAGAAGAAGCUUAUCCGGCAGUUUAAUAAGCACCGUACAGCUCUGACUCCUGGCUCUGAGGUACCCACAUCCCCAGCACCACGACGCACCCGCUCACGCUCCUUCAGCGGCCUCAUUAAGCGGAAAGUUCUGGGAACCCCAGUUAUCCUGGAGAGAAAGAGCAGGGAUACCACACCGGAGCCUGAGCGAAUCAGCAAAGAGAAUGUGCAUCUGUUACAGAAAUGUGGAUCCCCUGCUCACAUGUGUCAAGCGAAGCUGAAAUCUUUGGAGGGCCGGAAAGAGGAAUCCUGCAGACGCAUGCGAACCCGCCUGCUUUCCAAGGAUUCAUCAUCCCUCUGACUCGCCUCGCACCAAGGCACGGGUGGGGAAUGCCCAGCCUUGCAAGCUGUGAAUCAUGUGCUGCACGGAGAGGGGAGUGCUGCAGGCUCACGGCAACCCUCCCCAGCAUGGCAGCGCUCUUGAAACUGGACCUUUGCAAGGACUGCAGGGACUUGUUUCUUUGUGUAUAUAAAUUGUAUUUCAUCCUACUAUGGGGCAAACCACUAUCUAACCAAAACUUGUGCAGCAUGUCUGACCUGCUGGCUCUGGGAAGAGCAGGAGUGCUUGCUUACAAGGAGAGCUCUCCGCAUUGAGGGGCCCUGUAUGCACUCCCAGCUUUCUCUGCAAUGUUGCUAGGCUGU